AUGGAGCCCUGCAUAGCCAACCUCCCCCUCUCCCCCGACCCCUUGUCCUCCUCCUUCCCCCGACACAGACCCAGCUUCCCUCACUACCCGGGCCUCCCGCCCUACCCUCUCAUGGCCCGGUGCAACAGCAGCACCCUGCUCACAAACCUGGGACUGAGGAGCAUGGAGAACCUGAACUGGAACAAUGUGGCCGAUUCUGGGCUGUGUGCAUUCAGCGCCGCGCCCUACAGGAGCAUGGACAGUGAGUUUAUUCUACGCUACACCUCCACCAGCCACUGGUAUGAUGGGCCCCCGGAUGGUUCUGUACUGGGGGCCCAUGGGCUGGGACCAAACCAAGAGGGCCUGGCGUUUUACCCUCGACACGGGCUGCCUAGGAAGGACUUACCGCUUUUUCCUCAGCUGCUGUUUCCAGGUGGCGUCGACGAAUGGGAUGCGAGGAAAGGCCUGAGGGAGAAGCUCCGCCUCCAGAGUGCGAGAUCAUCGAUGGAGCCUAUGAAGCCUCUCCCGAUGCGACCUCAGGAGGCUCAUGUGAAUUCAACGCUCUCUGGGUGCAGGCCUCCGUGCACGAUGCGCAUCACAAGCCCCGAGGAUAUCAAGCAGGAAGUCCUGAGGCGCCUACAGCUCCGCAGGCAGAACAGCAGCCCUAACCUGGCUCCCCACAGCGCCCCCUGCAGCCCAAAAGCUGUUAAGACGUCCUACACAACAGACAACAUUACAGGUGGUGGAUCAGACUCAGAGCGACGGAGACCUCCUGCGGGACGGCUGCACAUCCCCACGUUCGAGGAGUUUAAGAGCAUGAGGCAGAAAGAGACUACAGCGGGUUCUGUGGUUUCUGGAAACUCUGGAUUAAAACAAGAAGCAGGAGUUUCAGAGACUAAGAGUAGUGUCUCUGAGUUGAGCUUCAGUGGAGGAAGUAGAGAGCAGGAGGUGGGGGGAGUAAUGAAACCUCCCUGUAGCACUGCAGCUCCCAUCUCUACAUGUACCUCCAGAACUUACUCUCCCAUCCGCACAGGCCCGUCUCCACGUUCCCCCCUGCAGCCGCUGGCCAGCUCCACCCAGGAGAGAGGCUCCUCUGCUGGGGGAGAGGAUGGGGGCGGCAGGCGGAGGAGGAGCAGUUUGGAGCCAGCCGGGUCGGUACCUUUCCCGCCCUACAGGGAACAUUUUGACCGGCCCUCCAGCUGCUGCCCGGCUCUUCUGGACGGGACGGACCUGUCCAGCUACGGAGCGAAGAUCUACAAGAUGAAGGACGGACUGAUCGGAUCUGCGCUGGACCUCAUCAAGAAGAGCUGCAGUGCAGAGAUCUCCGCCGAGGCCCCCGUCAGGCUGUCAGGUGACCGGGACGGAGGCUGUGACAUCACCGCCCCCCCGUCCGACUGUCAUCCCUCCGCGGUUGCCAUGGCAACGUCGGCGACGGCCCGCGGAGCCGAGCCUGGCGACGAGACGCCUGCAGGAGGAGGAGGAGGAGGAAGAGGAAGAGAGGAAGCAGGAGAAUGCCACGCCGCUCUGGGCUGCAGGCGCUCCAGCUCGGACGCAGCCUAUGAGCUGGCGGAGACGGUGAGGGCACAGCGAGAGUGUCGCCUCCGGCCGCACUACAGCGACCCCAUGCCGGCCGACGCCUCCAAGCGCAAACAGCUGGAGAUGAAGAUCGCUGCGGCCGCUCGACUCCACGGCCACCGGAGGGACAGAGACCGAGACAGAGACAGGGACAGUGCUCCAGCAGCACUGCGCGGUCGCUCUGAGCCCCCAGGUGAGGAGCGUCAGGUGGGUCUGGGGGUGGCCCGGUCGGGGCAGCACCGCUGGAGCACCAUCAGCAGCCUGAGCGUGGACAGCGGGGUGGUCGGCCUCAGCGACGAGCGCGAGGAGGAGAUGGACAGCGAGCCGCGAAGGUACCGCCGGACCCGCGGGGCCGAGGUGGAGCGGGUCGACAGCGGCAUCGGGCCAGGGCUGUCCCGCACCUGGAAGAGACCCUCGGCCUCCCUCAGAGCCUGGGAGGCGCAGAGACCCUGCCCCGACUGUGGGCUGCGGGACGGGGCCUCCAAAGAGCGGGGGGAGCGCAUGUGUGACCGCUGCUCCAAGCUGCGCACCGAGAGGAAGGAAGCCAUCCUGGAGUUCCUGAACACGGAGCAGAGCUACGGAGAGGACCUGCGCAUCAUCAAGGAGGAGUUCUACGGGCCGAUGCAGAGCGCCGCCCUGCUGACCCCAGAGCAGCUGAGCGUGGUGUUCAGCAACGUGCAGGAGCUCAUCGACGUCAACGACCGCUUCACAGAACACCUGCAGGACAGCAUCGACCAGGCCUUCGACCAGGGAGAUGAAGACCUGCUCACGGUGAACAUAGGAGAGAUCUUCCUGGAGUUCGUCAACAUGCUGCCGGCCUUCCAGACGUACUGCCUGCAGCAGCCCACCUCCGUCAACCUGCUGAACGCCCUGGAGAAGGAGAAGGAGCUGCUCAGGAUCUUCCUGGAUGUUUCCCAGAACGACAACACCGCGCUGCGUCGUAUGAACCUGCGCUCCUUCCUCAUGGCGCCCCUGCAGCGCGUGACCAAAUACCCGCUGCUCCUGAGCCGAAUCAUCAAGGUCACCCCCGAGUGCUACCCCGACUACUCCCGUCUCCGCGAGGCCAAGAGUCGCGUGGAGUCCCACCUGGAGCACAUCAACAUGAAGACCAAGCAGGAGGGCAACGGCGUCACCUGGUCGCUGCGCUCGUUCCGCCGCGACAGCCGCAAGAACCGCGAGGUCAUCAACAUCGAGAUGCGGGAGGUGUCCAUGAAGACGGUGGGCUGGGCGAGAGAAAACACCCGAUUCGUGAUGGAGGGUCCGCUGCAGCUGUCCCAACCGGCGGACGGGCAGUGGGUGAAGAAGGGCAGCAAGGCGCUCAAGUUUCAAAACGUCCAGAGUCUCCUGAUGGUGAGGAUACAGCGGGCCGGAGAAGCCCCAGGACAAGGCAACGAUUUGGGGGCUCGGGGGGAUCAGGGGGAGGGUGGAGGUGACUGUAUUCGAGAUGGAGUUCUGGUUAUAAUCAAGGAUAAAAGCAGCGGGAAGUUCACAGUGCUGAGAGAGCCGAUCCGCCUGGGAAACUGCGUGGUGUCCACAGACCCGGACUGCGAGGACACGUUCGAGGUGCUCGAUAUUCGGCGGGAAUCUUUCGUUUUUCGCGCCUCGGACAAAUCCCGCACCCAGCAGUGGUUCCACCAGAUUAAGAGAUACACUCGAGAUUUGGGCACGUGGAGGAAAAGACGCAACGCUUUGCCCAACAUCAUGAUCAACACGAACCAGACGCGCUCCUGAGAAUAACUUUGCUACUCUGUAAAUAACCCUUCUUACUGCGAACUGACAACGAGAAGCAUUUCUGAGUGUUUAAACAUGUUAGAUUUCAGUUAAAAAAAGAAAAUCUCAAACUCACCGAAGAGCACUUUUUACUUACAAAGCUACAAGUGCGCCAUACUGUCAAAAAAAAAUCAUGUGUGAAGAUUUCAAAGAAGAUUCUUGGACUACCAAAAAAACUUGGGCUGUGCUCGUCAGCCUUGAUUGUAAAGACUGUUUGCUCCUGGAGAAACGAGCGCUGUGUUUUCAUUGAAAAAAGAAGGUGUGUCUGUUGAAAAGCAUGACUGAAAAUGGCUGAAAAUAAAAAUUGUAAUGUCGUUUCUUUUUUAUACAAGGCGUAAGAUGGGGGAAAUGUUUGUUUUUGGUAAGGUAGAGAUGGAGCUUUGUUCAGUGGUUUCUGUUUGUGUUCACUGCCCUCUCCUGUCUGUGUGCCGCCCUCUAGCGUCCGUCGGCGGUACUGCAACGUUCACUGCCAGAGAUGCAGCAGAGCAAACCUCCUGUGUGUUUAACAAGAACUCAUAACAGCAAUAAUCUCUGCCAGUUAUACAAUGAGUAGCUACUGUACAUGCAUUUAUUAUCCCAUCGUUUCCUUCGUCAGAGUCUUAAAACUGAUCAUGUAUGUUGGCGUCAUUAACUUCAUAACCCUGACCUGAUAAUCUUUUUUUUAAAAGCAGUUUAUGGGCAGUCUAGUCAAUCUCCUUUAACAGUUUCCUGUUAACAUCAUGUCACAAAGUCCAACACUGCAGUUUCUUCACUGUGUGUCGAGCGCAGAGAUUUUCAACCUUGCUUUCAUGCACUAACCAAGACAUUGGACAGAUAUAUUGAUAUUUGUUUGGUGUAUUUGUACGGCUUGCAAAAAUAAUUUAUUUGCCUUUUAUACUAAUCCGAUAAAUCGGUCAAAAUAUUGAAAAUGUAAAGGCUGAAAAAUGCCCAGACCCUGGGAACAGUCUGGUAAUUUCCUGUUUUGUUUAUUAAAAACUACAAAAUAUUAAUUAUAAUCAAGAACGUGAAGGGAAGAGCCACAUUUUACAUUAAUUAUUUAAACAGUCAUCAAAGUUAAUAAUUUUGUGUCAAUUAACAAACCUAGCAGUGCUUUAUGUAUUUAUUACCUUAACGGUGGGGUAUAUAAUUUAUUUCAGAAACACUUUUUGUUAUA